CUCAGGGCGGGGGGCACUGCUCGUAGGAUAGGACUGGUGAAGGUAGCCAAAGACGUGCCACAUAUAAUUAUGAUCCAGGUCGCACGGCCCACUGAGGCCACAACAUGCCGAAUCCACACGCACGUACCAGCAGGAAUCCGAACUUAGCUUAGCAGCUAAGCUUUCCUGUGCGCAGUUCAGACAACAUCAAACUUUGUUACAUCUCAGGCCGACCGAUCAUGCCUGUUACCAAUUUCUCCUUUGCAGAGAAGUACGAGUACAUCUCUGGCUUCAACUCUUUCCACGAGUCAGAAGCGAUCAAAGGGGCGCUUCCAGUCGGGGCCAACUCGCCCCAGAAGCCCCCCUAUGGGCUAUAUGCAGAGAAGCUCUCCGGUACCGCUUUCACUGCGCCACGACACGAAAACCAGCAGGCCUGGCUCUACCGCAUCCUGCCAUCAGCUGCGCACUCCCAAUUCGUGCCUAUCGAUGACCAUACGCUCAGUCGCAAAUUAAAGCAGAUCCCAAACCAACUGCGAUGGGACCCUUUCGAUAUUGACACGAGCGUCGACUGGGUCCAUGGACUCAAGAAGCUCUCUGGUGCGGGAGACCCCGCCAUGAAGACGGGCCUAGGCAUCUACAUGUACGCGGCUGGGUGCAGCAUGGAAGCCCGAACAGCCAUGUACUCGUCCGACGGCGAGAUGCUUAUCGUGGCCCAGCACGGUGUCAUGGACGUCACAACCGAGUUUGGAAAUAUCCUUGUGCGGCCUCUGGAGAUACUUGUGAUCCCCCGCGGGGUCAAAUAUAGAGUCGACCUGCCUGACGGACCCGUCCGUGGAUACAUACUAGAGUUAUUUGAAGGGCACUUUGUUCUGCCCGAGCUGGGCCCGAUCGGCUCCAACUGCCUCGCCAACCCGCGGGAUUUCCAGGUCCCUGUUGCGCGAUUCGACCAGGAUUCCGAGCCCUGGACCAUUAUCAACAAAUUCAACGAAGACUUGUUCACUGCGAAGCAGAACCACACGCCGUUUGAUGUGGUCGGGUGGCACGGAAACUACUACCCAUACAAGUAUGAUCUGGGCCGGUUCUCUGUGAUUGGCAGCACAUCUUUUGACCACCCCGACCCGUCCAUCUACACGGUCCUGACAGGCCCCUCGGCGCGACCAGGCACGGCAAUUGCCGACUUCGUAAUCUUCCCGCCCCGCUGGCUCGUUCAGGAAGACACGUUUAGGCCCCCAUGGUACCACCGCAACACAAUGUCCGAGUUCAUGGGCCUGGUCUGCGGCGAGUACGACGCAAAGUCAGGCAGCGGCUUCCAGGCUGCCGGGGCCAGCCUGCACAACAUCAUGUCGGCGCACGGGCCUGACGCGAGUACCUUUGAGAAGGCAUCAAACGCCAGGCUCGAGCCGCAGAAGGUGGGCACCGGCAGCUUAGCGUUCAUGUUUGAGAGCAGUCUCAUGUUGGGAGUCACGGAGUGGGGUCUGGAGACUUGUCAGAAGCUGCAGCCAAACUACAAUGACGAGAGCUGGAUGGAGCUCAAGAGCCACUUCCAGCCGCCAAAGUAA